GGUAGCCUGGGUAGCUCAGUCAGUUAAGCAUCUGACUCUUGAUUUCAGAUCAGGUAAGGAUCUCACAGUUCAUGAGAUUGAGAUUGAACCUACGUCAGGCUCCAGGCACUGUGCAGUGAUAGUGUGGAACCUGUUUGGGAUUCUCUCUCCUCCUGUCUCUCUGCCCCUCCCCUGUUUGGCUCCCUCUCUCAAAAACAAAACAAAACAACAAACAAACAAACAAAAAAAACAGACAAAAUCCUUUGUCAAAUACCAUCAAGUUUUUUGUUAGGUCAAUAUCAGGUAGACAUUUUCUCAGAUUUAGUGUCUGUGGGGUAGUUAUUCACUUACUCAUUUAUUAUUAUUUUUUUUAGUUUUUUUAAUGUUUAUUUAUUUUGAGAGAGAGAGAGAGGGAGAGGGAGAGCAUGAGCAGAGGAGGGGCAGAGGGAGAGAGAGAAUCCCAAGUAGACUCUGUGCUGUCAGUGCAGAGCCUGAUGUGGGGCUUGAAUUCACAAGCCAUGAGAUCACGACCUGAGCCAAAAUCAAGAGUUGGACGUUCAACCUACUGAGCCACCCAGGUGAUCCGCAUUCAUUUAUUUUUAAGUAAGCUCUACACCCAAUGUGGGGCUCGAACUCAAAACCCCAAGAUCAAGAGUUGCAUGCUCUUCUAACUGAGCCAGCAGGUGCACCUAAAUUCUUUGUUUAAGUUGCCAUGGAAAGAACAGGCUAUAUAAAUUUAGUUGCAAGUAUAGGAAAUUAUAGGUUAAAUUGUGUCCCCCUAAAAGAUAUGUUGUAGUCCUAACCCUCAGUAUAUUAGAAUGUGACCUUAUUUGGAAAUAAGGUGGUUGCAGCUGUAAUUAGUUAUGAUCUUCAUACAGGAGUGGACCCUUAAUCCAAUAUGACUGCUAUAUCUAUGAAAAGAGACACAGACACCGGGGUGCCUGGCCGGCUCAGUUGGAAGAGCAUAUGACUCUUGAUCUCAGGGUUGUGAGUUCAAGCCCCACAUUGGAUGUAGAGAUUACUUAAAAAUAAAAUCUUAAAAAAAAAAAAAGGAAGAACAGACACAGAUACACAGGGAAAAAACAGCCAUGUAAUGAUGGAGGCAGAGAUUAGAAUCAUGCAUCUAUAAGCCAAGGAUUAUCAGCAAACUCAGAAGCUAGAAAAGGCAAGGAAGUCUUCUCCCCUACAGGUUUCAGAGGGUGUGUGACCCUACUGACACCUUGAUUUCAGACUUGGAGUGCACCAAACUGUGAAAGAAUCUAUUUUUGUUGAUUUAAGCCAUCCAAAUUUGUAGUAACCUGUUUCAGUAACCUAAAGAAAAUUACACAGAAGUGUGAGGGAAUCUCAUGUUUAUUUUACCACAGAUGAGAGAGUGAGUAGACGGGGAGUGUACUGAGUGACCUCCAAGAAUAAUUUAAGUAUUUACUACCUUGAUUACCUUUCCCUUUCAUUUCAUCUAAAUGUUUUAGGCCAUCAAAAGGGUGUUUAUCUGCCAAUUUGUCUCCCUAGGUAGUCUUAUAAAUUGUUUCACUUUAUAUUGAUCUGUUGAAAGUACAGAUUAUAGCCUAAGAAUUUGGUGUUCAGAAAAGCAAAGGUGUGGGGUGCCUGGGUUGCUCAGUUAUGCGUCCACUUGAUUUCCACUCAGGUCAUGAUCUCAGGUGCGUGGGAUCGAGCCCCUCCAGCUGUUUCUAACUUUUGGUGGAGCCCAGGAAAUCACUCAGUCUUUGAAGAUUGCUUUUUAAUUUAUAACACUUAGGCCUUGAAUAAGUAUGAUUAAUAUUCCAGUAGACGACCCUUAACAGAAUGUUUUCAAGACUAGUAUCUUCUUUGUCAACAGUCACAAUUAGAUGGAGUCCAUAUAAUUACAAUUAAUUAUAGGAAGUCAUGGAGUCUCACAAUUGGACUCCAUCUAAUUGUGAUUAGAUAGUAAGCCAAAUUAUCCCUGACCCUUGAUUCUUGUUUUCCCAGCCAGACCAAGAAAAAUGUCAAGGAUGUGCUCAAGGGCAGCAUUAUAAACAGUGUGACUUAACAGCUGGGAAAUUAUUGUCUGAGCAUUUCAGAGUGUUCUAUAGUGAAGACCUGUGUUAAAAUUCUCUUGCAUUUGGGAGGAACAGCUUGCCACAGAAUAAAUUUGACAACCCAUGCACAUGUCCUCUCCAGGGAAAUGUUUCAUCAUGAUGUGAAAAGAGUUUGCCACCAAAAUGGAAAGCCACGUAUUCUGCAGGAGCAGUAGACAUCUCUUCGCUUGAUGUCGUCUAACAAGUUGCCUGGAUCAUCUGGAUCAAAUAUGAUCUAUUAUCUGGUUGUAGGUGUCACAGUCAGUGCUGGUGGAUAUUAUACUUACAAGACAGUCACAUCAGAGCAAGCCAAACACACGGAACAUGUAACAAAUUUGAAAGAAAAAACCAGAGCAGAGUUACAUCCACUCCAAGGUGAAAAAGAGAACCGUGUGGAAGCUGAGAGAGCAAGUUCAGAAGUCCCUGAAGCGUCUUUAGUGGAAGUACAGGAGGCAGAUGCAGAAGAUGCCCCGGAUGCUACAGGUGCAGCCACGAGAGAGGCUUCAGCCCGACCAGGUGAUUUGGAGGACGCUCUGGUGGAGACAGACACGGUCAGUGCUGAAGCUGGGGCAGAGGUUACAAAUGCAGCACCCAGCACAGUGGCAGAAAUCAGCACUGAAAUGCCCUCAGAGGUUCAGAAUGCAGCUUUGGAUGAAGCUGUUGCCAUCAGUAAUGAUAAAGGGACAACAGAGAAGGAACGCUCUGGUGAAACUGCUGAACUGGAAGAAGAGAGUCCUCCAGCUGAGUCAGAAUCCUCCGCUGGGGAUGAUUUACAGGAGGAAGCCAGUGUUGGUUCUGAGGCAGCCUCUGCUCAAGGCUGAUCUCAUGCUGAGUGACACCUCAGUGAAAAAGGCCAUAGAGUAUCUGAUAGGUGCUUUUGUAGUUUCAGUAAUCUUAGUUUUAAAAUAGGCUUCUUUUCUAGAAACCUUUAAUGUGCCUUGAAGAUUUUUGGCAUCUACUGAUAGAUUUCAGGAUUGAGAGAUUUGAGGCUUUACAUGUCUGAAUAGUUUCCUGCUCUCUGAGUUCAGAACAUGACAUUGCAGUAAACAGCUUAAAGAGUUCCAUCUCUGAAUUUAAGUUUUACAUCAUAGCAUUGAGCUACCUGCAUUCACUUUAAUUUUGCUAGACCUGUACCUUAUUUUAAUGUUUGUGAUUCUAGAUUCUUGAGUUUUGAUUUGAACUCAUUUAAAUAAAAUUGGAAAAUCUUCA